UAUAAUUGUUAAUCGAUAUAAAUAGUAAAAUGUAAUUCAAACGAAUUUGUUUUAACUAUAAAUAAAUAAAUAAACAAUGUCGUUAGUGUAAAAAAAAUUUUUAAAACUAUAUAAAAGAAGAAAUAAUUUAGAAGUGCUUACUAUUUAAUUAAGAAAAUCAUGUUACUAGUGGAAUAAUAAAUUAAAAUACAAUAAUGAAAAAAACGAGUUCAUGGCAAAAAAAUCUUUAUGAAAAUCGUGGUUUACCUGAUAAUUAUACGGAUCAAUCGUUUCUUGAAGAAUUACGUAAAAAUAUAAAACCAAAUAAUAUCACAAUAUUUCAAGCAAUAUCACUUGGAGCAAGUGUAUCAAUUGAAUUAAGCAUCGUAGCAUUAUUUGUCAUAAUUUUUAUAUGGCUAAAUAAUGAAUGGACAACACCAAAAAUAAUUUUUAUCUCAAGUUCAUUUUUUACUGUAGUCGGUUAUUUUCUUCACACUCUUCAAAUAUCAAAUUUAAGUGAACGACUAUCUAAAGAUAUAAGAACUGCAUUAAUAUUUUUUGCAUUUGGCUAUAUUUUAUCGCCAAUUUUAAAAACAUUAACCGAAGCAAUUAGUACUGAUACAAUUUAUGCAAUGACAAUUUUUAUGUUCUCAAUUCAUUUAAUAUUUGGAAAAUAUGGUUCACCUCAAAUUUCACUUUCUGAUUCAUUGUCAAUAACAUCAUCAAUUUUUGGCUCAUUAAUGCUUGCUUCGCGUUUAACAACUUAUUUACAUGCCUUUGCUUUACUCACUGUUGCCGUACAAUGUUUUGUUUUACUUCCAUUUUUAUUGACAAAAACAAAAGAUAAUAUUGCAAUUUCUAUUAUUUUAAUUUUAAUAACACAGUAUUUUUUCUUUCAAAUUUCAUUAACAAUGUUUUAUGUCUAUGUGGGAGCGACUAUUCUUAUACAUUUCAUUUGUCCACUUUGGUACAUUAGAUGGCAAAAAUAUAAGGAAAAUAUUUAUGGACCUUGGGAUGAGGCUGCAAUACCUUCCUGACUAAGAGCCAAAAAUCUUAGUAUAAAAUAAUUUUUUUAAAUAAAAUUAUAAAUUAUAAAAUAAAAUGUAAAUGUGCCAAUAAUAAUAAUUA